CCUCCCAGUCAGUCACUCGCGUGGCAGUGGUCACAAACGUCAGCCAUCAAUCUUCAGAUAUCUGAUUGUUUAUGAGACAUGACGACUGAUCGCAUCGCAUCAUAAACGCGCGUGUUUUCUGAGGAUGAUCAACAUCACGAAUGCGGAGAUUCACGAGGCUUUCUGCCGCAGAUUUAAACACACCAUGAGAGUUGACGGACGCUUUUCUCCAGAGACACGAGGCUCGUGGUGACGGCUCUCUCUCGUUAUGGGUUGCCGGUGAAGGUCUCGGGAGUCGGCUCGCCGCUGGCAGGAGUAUGUUGACUGUCCGUCAGCAUGUCGCCGUUGGACCUGUGGCUAUCGCGUUCGAUCCCCAUGUGUCUGCUGCUGCAGAGUUUGGUUCUUAUGGUCCUCUGCUUCCCGUCUGCCAGCACCUGUCCCAAAGGUUGCACCUGUCAGCGAUCUGAGAGCCCUCCGCACGGCCUCAACGUCACCUGUAGCCUGUCGCGUUUGAAGGAAAUCCCGCCCGACGUCCCGCAGGACACCCAACUGCUGCAGUUGGACAGGAAUCACAUAUCUCUGGUGCCCGACCGCAUAUUUCACGGCCUGAGGAUGCUUCGGAGGCUUAAUCUAUCCCACAAUGCCGUGGAGACCCUCGGCGAGGGCGCGUUUAUCGGUUUGGAGGGAUCUCUGGAAGUCCUGGACCUGUCUCACAACCGCAUCACCAGCGUGCACAAAGACGCUUUCGCCCGGUUAAAGGCUCGUGUGCUGGUGGAUAACAACCCUUGGCACUGUGAUUGCGCUCUGCAGCAGGCGCUGGGCGGCAUGGCGCACAACCACGAAGCGGCCACGCGCGUGCUUUGCAGGAGUUCGGAGAUCAGGGACCAAGAGGGCCAGCCGUUCCUGGCCGUGGACGCGGACUUGUGCAACCUGGCGAAGCGGACCACCGACUACGCCAUGCUAGUGACCAUGUUCGGCUGGUUUGCUAUGGUCAUCUCUUACGUUGUGUACUAUGUAAGGCAGAACCAGGAAGAUGCCAGGCGACACCUGGAGUAUCUGAAAUCUCUUCCUAGCAAACCUAAGAAACCAGACGAGCCAGAAGAUAUUAGCACGGUCGUGUGACGCCGCAAAUGAAAGGGAGGUCUGUCGGUGUCAAGCGAGGCUCAGAGACCGUUCGGCAUCCACUGAGACGCGAAUCGUAAAUGUGGUUUAACGUAGUCUUCUCUUUUUCCAAUGUGCUUUCCUGUUUCUGAGUAUGUACUGUACUGUAUGUAGAAGAGUUUGUGAUACACUUCCAGCCCUGUGUCCUUAUGAGAGAUGUGAUGUUUAGGUGGCAUUAACAGAAUUACAAAGUUGUCCUUUAAGAGUGCUUAACACCCACCGUUCACAUGAAAACUUCUCUUCUCUAAUAACGAUUAAUUGCGAUUAAUCGUUCGCAGAAUAAACGUUUUUGUUUACAUCAUAUGUGUGUGUGUGUGUACUGUAUAAUAAUUAUGUAUAUAUAAAUGCACACACAUGCAUGUAUAAUUUUAAGAAAAUAUAUAUAUUUACAUAUUAAGUAAUGUAUGUAAACAUUUCUUAAAAAUAUACAUGCAUGUUUGUGUAUUUAUCUAUAAGUUAUUAUACACCACACACACACAUAUAUGAGGUAAACAAAAACUUUUAUUGUGCAAACGAUUAAUCGCGAUUAAUCGUUAGGUAGCCCUAUCAGGCGUAUUGACCGGGAGUCCUUUUCUAUUUUAACUGGUACAUUGGAGCAGGUUGUCAAUCAUUCGUGAGCAGUACAGGUAUUUUGAGAAAUUAAAUCUCAGGUGUUGAUAAAUGUUGAUAGAUUCUGAUAAUUUGUAAAACCCUACAAAUGUUUUGAUGCUAUAGCGUUUUGUAAGGCAAACGAUAAUCCAGGCACGUCAAAAAAUUCUCAUUAGCUACGUGCGAAUCAUCUUACAACCUUUAAAACAAACGUGACAAACCCUUUAUUAGCAAACCGCUUAUGAAUAAAGCACUACAUCAGGGCUGCAAAACGAUUAAUCGCGACUAAUCGUUUACAGAAUAAAAGUUUACAUCAUAUGUGUUUGUGUACUGUGUAUAAUAAUUAUGCAUAUAUGAAUACACAUAGAUGCAUUUUUAAGGAAAAAAACUUUUAUAUAUUAAGUAUUUCUUAUUAUAUAUAAUAUAUACUUGCAUAUGUGUGUUUUUAUAUAUGCAUAAUUAUUAUACACAAUACACAAACAUGUAUGAUGUAAACAAAAAUUUUUUCUGCAAACGAUUAGUCGCGAUUAAUCGUUUUGCUGCCCAACACUACAUUUCUUCCAACCUUCAUAAAUGAUCGUUAUCGUAACCCUGUGCAAUUUUUUACGACUUUAUUUGCACAUCUUUGUUAAAUGGUGACGGUAGAGCACAAGAGUGCUGCGUAUAAUGUGAUGUUUGAGAAAACAUCAAGUCUUUUGUCUUUAACGUAAGUCGUGAGACUCAGUCAAUGUCGUAUCUCACAGUGUAUAAAGAGGCUCAUGAGCUCGUGUUGUCGUGUAAACUAAAUGGCUGAUUUGUUUUAGUUCAGAUAUUAACAUCGCAUAAACUUCCACCUCUGAAACCAAACUGUUGGUCAGCUGGAUCAGCAAGUCAGACGUUUGUAAUGAAACCCUUCGACAUGCUGUAAUAUUAUUGUGUGUGUGUAGAGUAAUGUGACAGGCCAACUAUGAGCAGAAAAUUACAGCUGUCAUUUAUGAUCGAAAAUGAGUGAAUGAUGGAAAAUAAAGCGAAAAACAGGACACUUAAAUCAGGUUUUACAUUUAAAAGAGGAGAUCAGGGCAUUGUGGUGAUACCAUGAUAUAGUUAACGCUAUAGUUGCGUGGUAUACAGUGAUGAUUGUUUACAAUAAAAAAAAUUUAUAUGUGACCCUGGAGCACAAAACCAGUCGUAAGUCGCAACAGCCAAGAAUAAAUUGUAUUGGUAAAAAUAAUACAUUUUUAUGCCUAAAAUUAGGAUAUUAAGUAAAGAUCUUGUUCCAUGAAGAUAUUUAGUUAAUUUCAUACCAAAAAUAUAUCAAAAUGUGUUUAUCAUUAGUAAUUGUUGUCAAGGACUUCAUUUGGACAACUUUAAAGGCAAUUUUUUGGGAAAAAAGUGCACCCUUAGAUUGCUGAUGUUAGAAAUAGUCGUAUCUCAACCAAAUAUUGUUCUAUUCUAACAAACCACACAUCAAUGGAAAACUUAUUUAAAAAUAAAGUCAUAUAGUUAGAGAUUGUAAUCUGAGAGUUUUGAGUCUCACGGCCAGCAGGUUACGACUGUGUUGCCCUUGAGCCAAGCACCUUAACCCCAAUUGCACUGAAUGGAUAGCUGUCCACUUCUCACUGGGAUGGGUUAAAUGCAGAGGUCAGAUUUUGAGUAUGCACUGCAUACUUGACAAGCAUAUCACACUUAUUUAUUCAACUUUCAGAAACGUUACCAUUGUGGUCCAGGGUCAUGUAUUUAGACACUCUUAAAAAUAAAAGUGCUUAAACGGUUCUUCACAGUAAUGCCAUACGCUCCCUUUUCACCAGAAAGAACUAGGUGUUGGUUAAGAGCUAGUUCUGUUCUUAGUUUGAAGUUGGUGAGCCUUUUAAGAACCGGUUUGCCUUUCCAUCCAUUAGAGAACCACCACAGAGCCAAGUCUUAUGUCACUGAAUAUACGUCUCAUCUUUCCCAGCAAUGUUAGUGAGGCAGCGCCAAACACAAAUGCACCAUCGACAAUGUCGGAUGUUGCAUUAUUAUUAAUGGUCAUUGGCUUUGCGUACCUACAUUGGCAUCCAAACGCGGUUCAGAUCCAGUGCUUUGGGUGUUGAAAAAAAUUAGGCACUAAAACUGCCUUGGUGAAAAAGGGGCAAUAGAAGAACCAUUUUUGGUAAAGAAUCAUUCAAUCAAUAAUCAUUUCUUUCUUACCUUUUUUAUAAUCUAAAGAACCUUUUGUGAAAAAGAAAGUUAAUAUUUCUUUAUAAAAAAAAACAUUCAAAAUAGUUUUACUAUGGCAUUGUGAAGCACCUUUAUUUUUAAGAGUGCUUGCUACUCUUAUGUACUUCAUUAUUUGUCCAAAAUACUGUGACAUAAUGUUCAAAAACCAGUACAUAUUCAUGUAAACAUAAUAACCAUAGUACAUGUAAGAAUAUAAUGUUUACAAAUAUAACAAUUUAUUCCAGAUUAAGAGGGAAGAAAUGUAAAAGUGAUAUUGUUGAAUAAGAGAUUCAGUCAUUUAAAUAGAUCGACCUUCAAUCAGAAUACAGACCUGCAAAAUAUCUUCAUCAAAUUUAUAACAGCACAUAAUAUGUUUCUGUUAGAGGAAUGAGCAUUGUUUAUUUUCUGUAAUUUUUUGUGUCUUUUGUGUUCAGUGAAUUAUUAAAUUCUGAUCUUGUUGCAGUUAUAACAUCAGUUAUUAGGACAUGGGUGUAGAUAAAGAGCUUGUCUUUAGUGUAGGACACGUCCAGAAAUCCCUUUAAAGAUUGGUGUUUGAAUGUAUGAAUCUAGUCUGUUGCCUUGUCUAAGUGCGGUUGUUUCACACUGAUGCUGUAUUGUGUUGUGUUUAACAGAAGCAUGCUGUAGCCAAGGACACAUGGAGAGAGAUUUUCUAAGUGCCUGAAAUACUCGUCCAUAUCUCUCUCUCUCUCUCUUUCAUACUUCCAGCUAUUGACAACUCGUUUUCAACGUUUCAUUUAGUCUUGCCGAAUUCAAGUCUGCCUGCCCUGAAACGGGAAGAUGUCUUGUACAAUAAUAAAGUAGCACCGUAAAUGUCCAGUAAUAGUCAAGUCAGAUGAAAUGAAAGUAUAGAAGAGAUAAAUGUACUGCUUGCUCUGAUACAUGACAACAUAAUGUUGUACAGCCUGAUGUAUGUACUGUACUGUAAUGUAUAUAAGCACAGAAUCACUGUGGUCACCCAUUCUCAUAAAAUGCCUAUAAAUAGCAGGCAGUUUGAAAAGUCGUGCACGCCGUAAAACAUAUCCAGCAUUUUUGUCAAACCAACAUAACAA